GGCAAAGCAGUUGCCAUCUUGAAUGGCAUGGCUCUGUUAACGAAGUGCGCGAUAGUAAAAAAAGAUUAUUAUAUUUCUUAAAACCAAGUGAGCUACUACGUAUGGAAAUAAUUAAUAAAUAGUGAUAGUGCGUGUCGCACAAAUCUACAAAGAUGGAUGCUGUAAAAGCAUUCAAUGCAGAGCUUUCUGCUCUGUACGAUGUCAAGCCACCGAUAUCAAAAGCCAAAAUGAAUUCACUCACAAGAGGUGCAAUCAAGGCCAUUAAAUUUUACAAACAUGUUGUUCAGAGUGUGGAAAAGUUUAUACAAAAAUGUAAACCUGAGUAUAAGGUACCAGGUCUCUAUGUAAUUGAUUCAAUUGUCCGACAAUCGAGACAUCAAUUUGGAGUUGAAAAAGAUGUUUUUGCCCCAAGAUUCGCAAAAAAUAUGCAAAUGACAUUCCUUAAUUUACUCAAGUGUCCUGCCGAAGACAAGAGUAAAGUCAUUCGUGUUUUAAAUUUAUGGCAAAAGAAUGCCGUCUUCCCACCAGAAGUAAUUCAACCGCUCUUCGAUCUUGUCGAUCCAAAUCAUCCAAUACAUAAGGAGCAAUCAAUCAGUACAAAUGGAGUAAAUGCAGCUAGUGCAAAUGCUAAAGCAUCGCCGACAAUGAAAAGUGCAUCGAAAGAUCCAAAAAUGUUUUCCAGUACGAAAACCAUCGAUCCAGCCUGGUUGGCUCAAACGAAAAUGGAAACAGCCAAUAUGGUAAACGCACAUAAACUUUUGGGACAAUCUGGUUCGAAUCAGGUUGACGUGAAUAUUCUAGAUCAAUUGCAACACUUACAACAAUUAUUGUUAAAGAAACAAGAGGCAGCGAAUGAGGCUCAAAGUUCAGUGAAGUUCGACAAGAAACUACUUGACUUCGAUUAUGGCGAGGAAGAAGACGACGAUGUUGUUGUCACAAGCAGUUCACCAGUUUUAAAUCCGAAUGUCAAUCAACAUAAUGCCGUAUCAACGACAGGAAGUCUUGAGAGUUUGGGACUUUUAUUGACGAAUCCCGAAGUUUUGAGGCAGCUACAAACACUGCAACAAACAAUGCAAACCGGACAAUCGCAACAGGAGAUGGAGGAGAAGAUGCGAAAAUUACAACAAAUGAAACAACAAGAGGAGGAAUUCGAUAAACAUCUUGCUCAAACUGUUCCAAAAUUGUUAUUUGAACGAAUAUUUCAGAAUCUUCCGUUUGCUUCUGAGUGUGAAUUAAAACCUUCAGACGUAUUGAAACCAAAUCAAGGAUUGUUUCCUGGUAAUUCGAAUUCGGGAUUGAUACAGCAGGAUAUGAGUCAACCGCCUCCUGGUUAUCCGCCUGCUCUGCCUUUUACGUCGCAACCACCUCCUUUAAUUAGAACAUUGCCACCAGGUCCACCACCUCCUUCACAAAGUCCUCUUAUUGAUGAAAGUAGGAGCAUCACUGAGAGGCGAGACAGUAGCAGUGUGGAGAUAGUCAACGAACCAGUGAGAUCCCAAAGUCGCUCGCCGGAACGUUAUCGUCGUCACAGUCGAUCUCGAUCACCUCGACAUAGAGAUAGAGACAGACGGGACAGAGACCGCGACAGAAAGUCUCGAUCAAGGUCAAGGUCGAGACGAGUAAGAUCACGCUCAAGAGAUCGUAACAGAAAACGAGACGAUAGUCGAGAGAAAUUAACCGAGGAGGAAAGAGAAAAGGAACGAGAACGUAGAAAGCGAGGACUUCCUCCAAUUGUUCGAGAGAAACUCAGUGUUUGCAGUACAACACUUUGGGUGGGUCAUCUUUCAAAAUUGGUGCACCAGGAAGAAUUGUCCGAUACCUUUGGAGAAUUAGGAGACAUUGUUAGUAUUGAUUUAAUUUCCCCUCGAGGUUGUGCAUUCAUUUGUAUGAAUCGAAGACAAGAUGCCUAUCGUGCUCUGACGAAACUGAAAAAUCAGAAAAUGCAGGGAAAAGCAAUUACGCUGGCGUGGGCUCCGGGUAAAGGAGUUAAGGGAAAGGAAUGGAAGGAUUACUGGGAAGUGGAAUUGGGAGUGAGCUAUAUUCCUUGGAAUAAAUUGAACAAUAUUUCUGAACAAGAACUCGAACUUUUGGAAGAAGGUGGAAUGAUUGAUGAAGACACAUUGCCUAUGAGAUUGAAAGGUAAAUUGAAACAUGCGAUAAACGCAGAAGGAGUGCGUCAACAAUUACAAAUGCACAAUUUACCUCCAGGAGGAAUACAAUUGCCUGAAACAGUUGGAAACGUAAAUGAAAAUCAAGCACCUCAACAAUUACUGGAUACUAGUCAACCGCCACCUAUAAGACCGCCAACUUCUGCGCCUCUGCUGCCGCCACCACCGCCAAAUCCUCAGCUGCAAAUGAUGCCACCAGGAUUUCCUAUGUCCAAUGUUCCACGUAUGUUAGGACCAAUGGGCUUGCAAAUGCCACACGGCUUGAUGCCAAAUGUUCCAAUUGGAGUUCCGCCACCAAAUAUGCAAGGACUACUUGGUCCCCCGGGUAUGAUGCAGCAAAUGAUGCCAUCACAGGUCAAUACACCUUUCGGAGCAGGAGUCAACGUUGGAUUACUCACUCAAAUUCCACUUCCUGCGCCUGCUGCUCCUUCCGAUAAACCCAAUUCAACUGGUAUGCCGCCAAACGUUCCACCGCUUGGAGUUCCGCCACCCACUUCAGAAUCCAAUUUACCCAGUUUGCCAAUGAUGCGUCAGCCCUUUGGCGUCGGACCUCAAAUGCAGAUGCACUUAGCUCAGCAGCAUCAUCAUCAACAGCAACAGCAACAUAACUCGGACGACAUGGACGUGGAAAUGGAAGACGUAAUGCCUCCGACAACAAGCAAUCCUCCAAAAGAAAAACAACAGAGUCUCAGUGAUCAACUUUUAGCUGCAAUUGGAAAAGGACCAGACAGCCGUUUGGACAACGAAUCGUCUCAUCGCGAUUUUCGUGAUAGGGACCGAGAUCGCGACAGUCGCGACAGAAGAGAUCGUGACGAUCGUGACAGAGGUCCUCGCGAUCGCAGUGAGAGUGACAGACAUGAUCGUGGCAGAGAUCGUGGCCGUGGAAGAGAUCGAGGUCGUGAUCGAAGACGCGACAAUCGUGAUAAGGAUCGUGACGAGAGACGAGAGCGCGACCGUGAUAGUCGAGAUUCAAGUUCGAGACAUCAGGAGAAUAAUCCACCUUCAACUAAUGCGAAUAGUGAGACAUCGGGUAAAAAGGAAGCAAAAAUGAGUCUCGCCGAUCGCCUCCGUCAAUUGGCGGAUGGAACUCUGCCUAUCGACGAUCGUAUGGAGAGAAAUCGUAAUCGCAGCAGUGAGAGAAUUGACGCUCCGCCCGUACGUCGAGCAAAUGAUGCACCACCGGCGCUGAUGGAUUUGCCGAAAUUCCCGCAAGAGAGACCCGAAUUUCCACUACGUGGACCCGAAUUCCGCGGUCAUCCUCGUGGACCAGACGCUCCACCGGAACAUCCACGUGAUUUUCCACCUCGUGGUCCUGGUGAUCGCGAGCGACCGAACUUUGGACGGCGGGGUUCAAUUGGACCACCAAUGCGGGGACUUGAGGAGUUUCCCGAUGCGCGAAUGCUCGGCGGACGAUUUCCGGAGGACUUUGAAAAUCGAAUAGGACCGGGACCGCGUCAGGAGGACUUCGAUCUUAGAUUGGGACCACCACGUGAUGAAUUCGAGAGGCCGGACAUGAGGGGACGGCAUCCAGUGGACGAUUUUGAACGAGAGCGUUUUGAAUUCGAGAUGCGUCAACGUGAGGGUUUUGAUCCAAGAAUGCAGGACGGAUUUGACGGUAGGAAUAUCAGCGAACAUCCCGAUUUCGAUCACAGGAGGAGAGGAGGCGGUGAUUUCUUCCAUGGACCAAUGGAACCCGGCUUUGGACCACCACCAAUGAUGGGACCAAGAGGUCCCCGAGGUCCUCCAAUGGGCCCCGAUGGAUUUGGACCCAGAGGUCCUGGAAUCGGCCCACGUGGACCACAUGGUCCGCCAAUGUUCCAUCCAAGGGGAAUGGGACCACGUGGCAUGAGGCCCGGAAUGCGACCACCAUUUGGACCACGUGGACCGCAAUUUGAUGCCAGAGAGAAGGAGCCAUUCUUCCGGCCGCCAUUCGACGACGUUCAUCGCCCACCUGGUCCUCUACUUCGACCACCAUUCGGCCCAAUGGGUCCAAAGGGACCACACGAUGGACCCUGGAGAAAUCCAGAGAAUGGACCGUGGAUGGAGCCAGCUGGUCCCGUCGAUCUUGAUGAACACACUCAACGCGACAAUCAUCAUCCCAAGUCCAAGUUUCCAGAUCAUAAUAAAAGUGGAACAUCAUCGUCAUCAUCAACAACAGAUCGUGAGAAUCGUAAUCGAAGUCGCAAAUCAAGAUGGGGCAAUGUCAGUCCAUCAUCAAUGGCAGAUGAAGCCGCCGAUUCUGAACGACCCGAAGGCGAAAAAAGACCGAGACGACAAUCAACCGAUCAAUUCGAGGGUGAACAUAAUUCAAGUAAAUUCAAUGAAUCAGUGAACGACGAACGACCACCAGGCACAGAAAACGAGAGUUUCGACGAUGCCAAAUUCAAUCCACCGAAACCACCACUCGAACCAAAUGAAUCAAUCAACGAUGAGAAGACAACUAAUAAUCAGUGUUUCGAAACACCCAUUGAACAAUCUGACGAAUCAUUUGCACCAACGAAUAAAACUCAAGAUUUUGAACCUGCCAAUAAUGAAAACUUUGAAUCUGCCAAUAAUCAAGAUAAUUUCCAACCUCCCGAGAACAUUGUGGUUAAUGAGAAAUUCGAACCUCCUCCACCUCCUCUUCCUCCUAGUGAGCCGCAAAUGGUGAAUCAAGUUUUUCCACCUCCGGAGAAUAAUGAACAAUUUUACGAACCCGAACCACCAAUGGAGAUGAAGGCUGAUUUUCCAAUUGAGGAGAAGCAACCAGAACGUGAAGCAGUUAGUGAAUGUGUUGUUAGUGAAGGACCUUGUGAGCAACAGGAACAGGAACAAUCUUCCUUGUAACGAACCCUUUCGAAAAAAACGAGAGAGAUUUGCUAGAUUUAUGAAGAAAAAGAAAAAUUCAAGUGUAAAAUAUGGUCCUGAGUGUGUACAUAAGGAAGUGAAAAUCCGUAAGAGGAUAACUAAAGUAUUUUUGACUCCGGAGUGGUGAGGGAGCAUUUUGGGUCCAGUGAGUCUUUAUCAUUAAAACUUUCUCUUUAAAAAAAAGCAAUCGUUUUUUGAGCCGUUUGAGAAAAAAGAAAGAGAGUUCUUGAUCGAUAUCUGCUGCUUAAACAUAACUGUGAUAGUGAACACAGGACCUACCUAUUUCUUUUUUUGUAGGUGAUAGCAAAAAAAAAAACACUCGGGUAUGUUUCAAAGCUUAUCAAAUUCUUUUUUCUUUUUUUUAACUCUUUUUUUAAAUAUUUUUUUUCUAGUCCUUUAUUUAUCUCGAAAAAGAAAACAGAUCGUGUACAUUUUUUUAUUCUUUCGUAACAAAAUUAUUUUUUUCCCAAAAAGAUUUAUAUUUGAAUAAUUAACAAUUUUUCCUUGAUUUUAGUUUAGUUCGUUUUUUGUACUAAUUUUUAAAUUAAAUCAUAAUGAACUUCUAUUUUUAACUUAAAUUAUUGUAAUUAAACGAAAAAGCAAGAAAAAUUGAAAUUGAAAUCAAUCUUUUUGGAAUUUUUUUUUGCACUUGACGAUUAAAUUUCAAAAAAAUGAUUAAAAGAACUUAUCGAGUGUGGAAUAAUUUUUAAUAAUGAGAAUUGUAUAGAAAAGAAAAAGUAAUCGAGACCCAUGAUCUCGAUUUUUAUACACCGUGAAAAGUCAUUUAAACGCGGAUAGAUAAUUUUCCGACUAAUUUUCUAAGAAAACAAAAAAGUCGAUGUGUGGUACUGUACAGUGAUAGUAUUGUACCUAUUGUCUUUAUACUUACUAAUUUAUUGUACAUAUUUUUAUAUUUUCUUAGUAGAAAAACAAAUUUAAUAAUUUUGUUGUGCAAGAAAUUGCUCAAGAAAAAAUAAAUAUUUUAUGUAUACACUUUAA